AUGCCAAAGACGCUGCAGUCCCAGCCGCCCUCCCCAGUCAAGCAGCCAGCCAAUGCCCCUGCCCCCGACAAAUUAGACAAGAUGUCCGAAAUCACUCUCAGAAAGAAGAAGAACGCUGACGCUCAGGCUGCUUUCCGUGCACGCCGUGCCAACUAUAUUGCCACCCUCGAAGAGACAGGUCCGUCUGCUGCUAAGUACCUAAAUAUUCAUGUUCCGACAACUAAGUCGUAUACGCCGUAUACGCCGUAUACGGAAGUAGCGUAUCGUAUAUGGGUCCUGCUGACCCAGUUUACGCCCGUAAUUAUACGCGCGUAUGCGUAUACGUGGGAAAUUUUACGCGCGUAA